AGGCUGAUCUGGAGGUCGAGCGGCGCUGUCUAUGGGCGGGUGGUGCUGAAACUACAGAUGCUCAGUUAGCCAUGUGGUCACUAGUGCUGGUUCUUCUCACCUAUAUGGAUCCACCUCUGGGAGCUGCAGGUAAGCUAUCUGAAACACAAGGAGAUGAGGGGAUGGAUAGGAUCACGUAUCACCUAGUAGAUGGCACAAUAUGUGUCAAAGAAUCCAGAAUGCACGCCACCAGUGGACCCAUCUACUGGUAUCAAGUGACCGAUGGGCUGGUAAUUGUUAGUACUUCCCAUGAUAAUGAAGGCCAAGUAGUGGGUUGCAAUAUCCAAGACGACCCGAGGGCAGUGAAAGCGUUCACAGAAGUUUGUCGACUGGAACUGAGGUCUCUGGGGCAUACUAGCCAAUCCAAUACAGGAAACAGGCUUCCUGCAAACUUCUCCAGCGUGGCCGAGGUCACAGCAGCGUGUCAUUCUUUUUUGCGAGCCGAACCGUUUGCCAGAACAGGAACACAAAAGCAGCUGCACAGGUCCAAAAGGGGUUUCACCUACCCUGGAACUUUGUGGUGCGGAGCCGGCAACAAUGCUGAGAGUUAUGACCACCUAGGUGAAUUUGUAGAGACAGACAAGUGUUGCCGAACCCAUGAUGCCUGCCCCCAUGUUAUUUAUCCAUUCAGCUACGCAUAUGGCUAUAGAAACCUCCGAUGGCAUACCAUCAGCCACUGUGAUUGCGACAGAGUGAUGCAAGAGUGUUUAAGAAAAGUGAAUGAUACAGCUUCCAGGGUGGUUGGACAGGCAUUCUUCAAUGUCAUUCGUGUGCCGUGCUUUGAGCUUGACAUGGAAGAACGGUGUAUAGAACACUACUGGUAUGGCUGGUGUAAAACGUACAAGAAUGUUGCUGUUGCUAAACAUCAUGACCCCAUACUGUUUGACUUUGGAGGGGAAUUAAUUGAUGCUAAGUUAACACUUCCUCCAGAUGAAGAAAGUACCACCACUCUUACCACUGCAACUUCAUCUAAGCAUGGCACCAAGACCCCACCAAUACCUAAAGGGCAGCCAACUUUGAAUGAAUUCAUAAGCGUGGCUGAAGAUCUUCUAAAGGUGAUGGCAACUGUCAGUCAGAGUUCCACUGUAAGCACCACUGACGUUUCUAGGACCACGGUCUUCAACAAAGUGCUGAAAAAGAAGAAACAAAAGAACAAGAAAGGCAGAAAGAAGGGGAAAGGCCUCAAAAAGAAAAACAGACUUAAUUCUAAAAGAAACAAGGAAAACAUAAAAACCAAGAGUGAUAAAGACACAAAUGAGCAAGUUAAGGUUGUCAUAAGUGAAAUGAAUAAAUCAAGUGCAGAAUCUGCCCUACUUCAUGUACUAGAAGAUGAGCUGGACAUGGACUUGGACUUGGGAGGGAAAGAAAAUCCCUUCAAUGAUAUUAUGAAUGACGAGCCAGUCAGAGAUGAAUCUGGUAGUGUCACAACUCUUAUAAGGGCUACGGAGCAUGUUUUAAAGGAACAGCCUACAAUACUGCCUAUGAUAUCUGCUUCCCAGCAAGGCACAAGCAAAAAACAAAAGAAGCACAGCAGAGAGAAGAAGAGAAGAAGAAAGAAACCCCAACCUACUAAUGUACAAGACCUAGAAAUGUUUUGAUGUUGUGUUUUUAACUAAUAAUGUUAACAAAUAACUUAUUUUUAUAAAAAAUUAAGAACAUCUUGUAAGCAUGUUGUGAAUAAGAAUAAAACAAAAAAAGAAUAGUAAAUGCAAGGGAAAACUAAAAAACAAAUAAAUAAAAAAUAACAGCAUAGCAUGUCCUCUUGAGCACGUCUGAAAUUUACAGUGAGUCGAGUCAAGCUUGAGCAGUGUGCCCCUUGUUGACAUCACUUAUAGAUCACUUUAACUUUAUGAUGUCAGUAACUGUGUCUAAAUCUGUAGCAGAAACCAAACAGUUAACAAUCAAAUGCUGUUAUGUCUGUGUAGAUAAAUGCUAAUGAUAUGAGUAUUUGUGUUCAUGUAUGAUUUAGCAGAGAUCUGUGCUGCGUGCAUCUGAAGAGGUGGCAGGAAAGAACAGCAAAGUGGGGAAAAGUUUUAACGCUUCCCUAAAUAUGCAUUUGGUACCCAUGUCACUCUUUACAAGACAUCUGUUACAGUACGUCUGUCACUACUCAUUUGUCUCCCACUGAGAAAUAAAUGUGCAAACUUACAAAUUA